AUGGACUGGGAGGCAGGCAGAACCAUGGAGGGAGUGUCCAUAACCCACUGGGUGAACAGCCCCGUCCGUCACCAGGCCCUGUUCCAAGGAAGGGAAUUGGACGACUGUGUGGAGGACCAUGACCUGUUCGCCCUGCCCGGGCCUGCCUUCCCCGACCCAGGGGUGAGGCCCUGGGGUAGUGAAAUUAGAAGGGGCCUCUGACGGUACUACCACAACCCAGCCCCAGCGGACUGAGCCUGUUUACCAGGUGCUUCUGGACGUGUCCCAGUUCGAGACCUGAGGAUGUCAUGAUUCAGGUUUUUGAGGGCUGGCUCUUGAUCAAGGCUCAGCAUGGAGCCAGAAUGGAUGAACAUGGGUUUGUUACCCGCAGCUUCACCCGCCAGUACACACUGCCUGAGAAACUGCAGCGGGCGGGGGAUCUGAGGGCUCUCCUAUGUCAUGAUGGGAUACUGGUGGUGGAAUCCAAACAGAGAACACCUGUUAGGAUACAACCCAGUGAGGAGGAGGACCCCUAUUGA